GGGGACCGACCGCCCCUAGUGAUGCUCCACGGGCUCUUCGGCAGCCACGGCAACUUCCAGACGGUGGCCAAGACGCUGGUGGGCCGCGGCAGCGGCAAGGUGCUGACGGUGGACGCUAGGAACCACGGCAGCAGCCCUCAUAGCCCGCUGAUGACUUACGAAGCUAUGAGCCUUGAUGUGCAGCAACUCCUGACGCGCCUGGGCAUCACCAAGUGCAUCCUCCUGGGACACAGCAUGGGGGGCAAGACGGCAAUGACGCUGGCCUUGCAGCGGCCUGACCUGGUGGAGCGCCUCAUCUCUGUGGACAUUAGUCCUGUCACAACCGUACUUGUCUCUGAAUUCUCUGCCUACAUCUCUGCCAUGAAGUCGGUGAGGAUCCCGGAUGGUCUGUCCCGCUCUGCUGCCCGCCAGUUGGCAGAUGAUCAGCUGAGUCCUGUGAUCCAGCUCCCACAGCUGAGACACUUCCUGCUCACCAACCUGGUGGAGGUGGAAGGCCGCUACGUCUGGCGGGUGAACCUGGAAGCAAUUUCCCACCACCUGACAGAUCUCAUGAACUUCCCUGUCUUCCAUAAGCCUUAUCUUGGCCCGGUGCUCUUCUUGGGAGGAUCCAAGUCACCCUAUAUGAGCUCCAAAGACUACCCAGAGAUCCAGCGCCUCUUCCCCAAGGCAGAUAUCCAGUACAUUGAAGGUGCAGGCCACAUAGUCCACCAAGAUAAAUUUGAAGAGUUCAUCACUGCUGUCUCCAAGUUCCUGCUACCACCUUAGUGCUGAGGUCUCUGCAAGCACAAUGUAGGACCUGAGAAGCUCCAGGCAGUGUUGUGGAGCUCUGUGAGGCAGUGCUCAGCCUGGCCCAGUUGCCCAUGUUGCUGUCCAAUCCUGCCUGCAAGGCCUUCUCUCACCCCAGGUCACCUGGAGCCAAAGCAGAGAGGCUCUUCCAUCCUGCUGAGUUUUCCUGCCACCUUGCAGGGUGGCACUGGGCCAGGACACUGUCCUGCCUGCGCUGGAGCAUCUGGGAGGCAGAGAGGGGACACCUCUAGACCACCUGCUGGUGAAUCUGGCUGUGACUUUGCAGAAUGUGCAAUA